UACCCCUGAAGCCUCAGGUUUGUGGGGUAGACGUUAACUCAGGCGGGGAGGUUGAAGAUGGCAAGCCCCCACUGCCCACCCCCUACGGAGUGAGGCGGUCUAAGUUCGGGAAACUGGGACACAAAUAUCUUCUCUUCCCGGGGAAAGUUGGUGGAGUCCUCCCGACAAGAGGACUCGGCACAGAAACUUCCUCUGUCCCCCUUUCCCCCUUCUUAUGCAGGCGACGCCGAGUGAGGCUGAGGCUGGGGGCGAAUCGCCGCAGAGCUGCGUAUCGACUCCGCACUCUGAUUGGAUAGCGGGGAAGCCUGUCAGUUUAUUGGCCCCGCUGUUUCCGCCUCGUAGCGCAGGUCAGCCUUUAACCUUUGGCCCCAGUGGGCGCCAGCCACUCAGAUCGCUUCUUCUUGGUUGGUGCAGCGGCAGUGGCCGCCGGCGGAGCAGUCUGAACCCGACGAUGAGGCCGGGAACGGGAGCCGAGCGUGGAGGCCUCAUGGUGAGUGAAAUGGAGAGCCAACCUCCCUCGCGGGGUCCCGGGGACGGGGAGCGGAGAUUGUCCGGCUCAAGCCUCUGCUCCAGCUCUUGGGUCUCUGCUGACGGCUUCCUGAGGAGACGGCCCUCGAUGGGGCACCCUGGCAUGCAUUAUGCCCCAAUGGGAAUGCACCCUAUGGGUCAGAGAGCGAAUAUGCCUCCUGUACCUCAUGGAAUGAUGCCGCAAAUGAUGCCUCCUAUGGGAGGGCCGCCAAUGGGACAAAUGCCUGGAAUGAUGUCUUCAGUAAUGCCUGGAAUGAUGAUGUCUCAUAUGUCUCAGGCUUCCAUGCAGCCUGCCUUACCGCCAGGAGUAAAUAAUAUGGAUGUAGCAACAGGCACAGCGUCUGGCGCAAAAUCAAUGUGGACUGAACAUAAAUCACCUGAUGGGAGGACUUACUACUACAAUACUGAAACAAAACAGUCUACUUGGGAGAAACCAGAUGAUCUUAAAACACCUGCUGAGCAACUUUUAUCUAAAUGCCCCUGGAAGGAGUACAAAUCUGACUCUGGAAAGCCUUACUAUUACAAUUCUCAAACAAAAGAAUCCCGCUGGGCCAAACCUAAAGAACUUGAGGAUCUUGAAGGAUACCAGAAUACCAUUGUUGCUGGAAGUCUUAUUACAAAAUCAAACCUGCAUGCAAUGAUCAAAGUGGAAGAAAGCAGUAAGCAAGAAGAGUGCAUCACAACAGCAACAGCCCCAGUUCCUACAACAGAAAUUCCAACCACAAUGAGCACCAUGGCGGCUGCAGAAGCAGCCGCUGCUGUUGUGGCAGCCGCCGCCGCAGCUGCCGCUGCCGCCGCCGCAGCCAAUGCCAGUUCUUCCACCUCUGCUUCCAACACUGUCGGUGGAACUGUUUCAGUUGUUCCUGAGCCUGAAGUUACUUCAAUUGUUGCUACUGUUGUAGAUAAUGAAAAUACAGUAACAAUCUCAACUGAAGAACAAGCACAGCUUACUAGUACUCCUGCUCAGGAUCAAAGUGCUGAAGUAUCCAGUAACACUGGAGAAGAAGCGUCUAAGCAGGAAACUGUAGCUGAUUUUACUCCCAAAAAAGAAGAGGAGGAAAGCCAACCAGCAAAAAAAACAUAUACUUGGAAUACAAAGGAGGAAGCAAAGCAAGCAUUUAAAGAAUUAUUGAAAGAAAAGCGGGUACCAUCUAAUGCUUCAUGGGAGCAAGCUAUGAAAAUGAUCAUUAAUGAUCCACGGUACAGUGCUUUAGCGAAGUUGAGUGAAAAAAAGCAGGCCUUUAAUGCUUACAAAGUCCAGACAGAGAAAGAAGAAAAAGAAGAAGCAAGAUCAAAAUACAAAGAAGCUAAGGAAUCCUUUCAGCGUUUUCUUGAAAAUCAUGAGAAAAUGACUUCCACAACCAGAUAUAAAAAAGCAGAGCAAAUGUUUGGAGAGAUGGAAGUUUGGAAUGCAAUAUCAGAACGUGAUCGCCUUGAAAUCUAUGAAGAUGUUUUAUUCUUCCUUUCAAAAAAAGAAAAGGAACAAGCAAAGCAAUUGAGAAAGAGAAAUUGGGAAGCAUUAAAAAACAUACUUGACAACAUGGCUAAUGUAACAUACUCUACUACUUGGUCUGAAGCCCAGCAGUAUCUGAUGGAUAAUCCAACUUUUGCAGAAGAUGAAGAAUUACAGAACAUGGAUAAAGAAGAUGCAUUAAUUUGCUUUGAAGAACACAUUCGGGCUUUGGAAAAAGAAGAAGAAGAAGAAAAACAGAAGAGUUUGCUGAGAGAAAGGAGACGUCAGCGUAAAAAUAGAGAGUCUUUUCAGAUAUUUUUAGAUGAACUGCAUGAACAUGGACAACUGCAUUCUAUGUCAUCUUGGAUGGAAUUGUAUCCAACAAUUAGUUCUGACAUUAGAUUCACUAACAUGCUUGGUCAGCCGGUUUUUUCAUUAGGAUCAACCGCACUUGACCUUUUCAAGUUUUAUGUUGAGGAUCUUAAAGCACGUUAUCAUGAUGAGAAGAAGAUAAUAAAAGACAUUCUAAAGGAUAAAGGAUUUGUAGUUGAAGUAAAUACCACUUUUGAAGACUUUGUGGCAAUAAUCAGCUCAACUAAAAGAUCAACCACGUUAGAUGCCGGAAAUAUUAAAUUGGCUUUCAAUAGUUUAUUAGAAAAGGCAGAAGCCCGUGAACGUGAAAGAGAAAAAGAGGAGGCUCGGAAGAUGAAACGAAAAGAAUCUGCGUUUAAGAGUAUGUUGAAACAAGCCACGCCUCCAAUAGAAUUGGAUGCCGUCUGGGAAGAUAUUCGGGAAAGAUUUGUAAAAGAGCCAGCAUUCGAGGACAUAACUCUGGAGUCUGAAAGAAAACGAAUAUUUAAAGAUUUUAUGCAUGUGCUUGAGCAUGAAUGUCAACAUCAUCAUUCAAAGAAUAAGAAACAUUCUAAAAAAUCUAAAAAACAUCACAGGAAACGUUCCCGCUCUAGAUCGGGGUCAGAUUCAGAUGAUGACGACAGCCAUUCAAAGAAAAAGAGACAGCGAUCAGAGUCUCGUUCUGCUUCAGAGCAUUCUUCUAGUGCUGAGUCUGAGAGAAGUUAUAAGAAGUCGAAAAAACAUAAGAAGAAAAGCAAGAAGAGGAGACAUAAAUCUGAUUCUCCAGAGUCAGAUGCUGAGCGAGAGAAGGACAAAAAAGAAAAAGACCGGGAAAGUGAAAAAGACAGAACCAGACAAAGAUCAGAAUCAAAACACAAAUCACCUAAGAAAAAGACUGGAAAGGAUUCUGGUAAUUGGGAUACUUCUGGCAGUGAACUGAGUGAAGGGGAAUUGGAAAAGCGCAGAAGGACCCUUCUGGAGCAACUGGAUGAUGAUCAAUAAAUUAUACCAAAUAUAUGUUUACAGUAUGAUUUAAAGUCUAAUUCAGACCAGGGACUCUAUUUUAAAGUUCAAUUGAAAUAACACUGGGUUUUAAUUAUAUCACAGGAAAAAAGUGCAUUUAAGUAUUGUUAUUGUGGACUUUAUAAAAACAAAGGAAAUUGAAAAUAACUUUUGAUUCUGUAUCAAGAAUCAUAUUUUCAUACACUCAUAACUGUCUGUCUGUGACCCUUUCAUAGGGCACUGCAGGAUGGAUUAAAGGUGGCAAUUGACUGAUAACUGCAGAUGUCUCUACUUUGUUCUGAAGUCUAAGUCAUGAGGGGAUUUGAUUUACUUUAUAGAUGUUGGAUUUUGAAGAUACAAUGGAAAAUUUUUUGAUAUCUAGUAGUACAAAAAAAGCACCAGCAAAUGAUGAAACUGCUUUUUUGUGCACUACCCACCUGGCUAAAGCUGAUAGGAUCUUUUAUGGUGAAUUCAGAAAUAGGUGUUCUUAAUGGAAACCUGGUAGACCCUUAACUAUAGCAGUGCUGAUGAGCACUAACUACUAUAAUAAAGCCACCAUUAUUUUUUAUGAAACAUCUGAAUACUUUUAAAAAGGCUAUUACGAGGGCAUUAUUUUGAGGUGAUGUUUAAAAGGGUAAUAUCAAAUCAAAUUGUAAAUUAGUUUAAAUAUAUUGCCUUAAGGACCUACUAAAGAAUGUGCCACCAAACUUUUAAGUGAUAGUUGCAAUAUCCUUGUCAAAAAAAAAAAUGUUGACAUAAACAUUUUCUUUAAUAACAGUUUUUUUUUAAUCCUAUCUAUUGCUUUUUUUCAUUGAGGAAGUCUUUUACCUUCCCUACUCACUGAGAAGUAUUGACUUCGUGGUACACAUUCUAAAGCAUUUCUGAUUUGAAUAUUUUUGUACAUUUUUAUCAGUGAUUAAACCUUCUCUUCUAGCGUG